GUGAUCCGGUGCCCGCUGUGUCCUCCAGACACAGUGGAACACCGUUCAUCGUACGGGACCUUUGUGCGAGGUCGCGAUCAUGUGAUCACUGAUUGGACAAUCAGUGAUCACAUGCAGAGUAGUAAGCAAGAUGUCACUUCUGACAUAAUCGCUUACCACGUGUGAAAUCUGUGAAUGAUCACAGAAGUCACAUGGUACAGGGCUAUUCACAACAGCCUUGUACCAUGUGACAAGCUGUGACCAAUCACAGCUCAC